GUCGUAAGUGUACAGUGGUUGGCCCAGCCCAACAGGAGACGCCUCCUACCUCUCUCCCUGCGUGUCGCCAUGGCUGCCCUCGGAUGCCUCUCCACCGGCCGAUGCUCGACGUGUGCUGCUACACGUGAUCGAGGAGAGGAUAAGGAGGACCCAGGAACCCUCGACCGAACCCUAGGCCAUCCCUUUCCCCUCGCACCCCCCAUGCUCUCCCUCCCAAGCUCAGCCGCUCGCUGCCGUCACCAUGUCGACAUCGAUGCCGUGCACCAGAGCCUCCCCACGGCGCCAGAAGAUGUCCAGGAGACUGGCCUCUUCGUAUUCGUUCUCUACUUGAAUCUACUCGAGCUGGAGCGCCCUGGAGCCGCCGCCAUCGACCCAUCCCCUUCGGCCAUGGGCGCCCACAGCUGUUCCUCGCGCUCCGGCACACGCCGACCGAUCCGAGCUCGCCGCCAACCCUCCCUUGACUACGAGACUGACGCCGCUGUUGGUGCCCCGACCGACUACGUUGUUGACGACCCCUACUUGCCAGAGCAACCAGACAUUGGAGUCCAGGAGCCAGACGCCACCGUCGGUGGAACUCCUACUACACUGGAGGUGCCUACUACUACGUACAGGCCUCUGACGACGAUCAGGAGUAGUUUAGGAGGAUCCCAGGCAGGAGGCUUGCGCCUCUUCUGAUAUGUAUCUCAGUUUGUGCUAGCCAUCUUAUGGCAACUUGUUUACUUAUGUCUGUACUCAGAUAUUGUUGCUUCCGCUAACUCGUCUAUGAUCGAGCUCUUGUAUUCGAGCCCUCGAGGCCCCUGGAUUGUAAUAUGAUGGUCGUAUGACUUAUU